AUGGAACCUGCAACGAAGGAACUCCAACAGCUUCUGCAAAGACGUGGCUGGCAACACCUGGUCGAAAUGAUGGAAGCCGUUCUAAGUUCACCCGUUGGACUGGGAGGCUCGGAGACCAGCAGUCUGAGAAUCGAUAACGCAAGGCCUACUAGUACAGGAACCUUAGACAAGCGGCUCGAGCCACGGCUUCUCUCCUACCAGGUUGAGAAGACGGAUCAUAAACGGUUGCUACAGUCUGACGCUGUAAUACAUCCAUUAGUCCAACAUCACGAACAGAUCACGAAGAUAAUCGAAGAAUUCGAACGCGAAAGCGCGAAAAUUGAAGACAGGUACUGCUUGUCCCCCGAGGAAGGUCAAGCCUCGUUCAAAUUAUACCCAUCGACCAAGCCUGAACUUGACCCGGAGACUUGCGAAGAGCUCGAUCAGAGGAUAGAAUUCCUGGCCGACUUGAACAAAGAGCUUCGAUCCAUCGCAUCAUCGAUGGCGCCUCAAAAUGAGUAUGAUCAUGAUUCUGCCCCUUGGAACAACCUGCUGACUAGAGAAUCUUCUCGCAGUGUAGCGAGCGGACCUCCACAGACGGCAGUGUCAGUCUCUGAUAUUCCAGCUGACAAUGAGUCUUCCACCGCACCUGAUGCCUCACUGUCUGCUUCUACCGAUAUUCGGCGUUCUUCUCAGGAACUUUGCGGUCUUUGGACAGCCUGUUCCUCAGCUGCCAGCACUAUGGCACUUUCUGCCCUGUCUGACGACGCUUCUUUUCAUGACUUGCAAAAGCGCCUGAGAAUCUGGGGCAGAGGACUAUUUGGUGACAUAUUUGAUCUUGAUACAUUGACAGCAAGCACGGAAGGACUUCAGAGCAAGCUUGCGGAGCCGUUGGCCGCACAAUUGAUUCACAUCGGGAUAGAGCAGGAAAGAAUCAUGAGGGCGUGGUAUGCGGCCGCCACAGAAGUCAACCGUAGCGUCCUGUACGAUGCAGCGUCCGCACUCCGCCAGUCCUUGGUAACGACUAGAUUGACACAAGUGCUUGGUGAAAGAGCUCCGUACCCGAUCAUCGAUUGGAACCAUCAGGUCGAUGGAGAUCGUGCUCACGAUCAGGAGAAGCCAGAUGUCGCAUAUCUCCAGUCAAUGGUUGACAUCUUGUUCGACUAUCUACCUGCCAUCAAUCGAGUGCGCCGUGCACAUAUCCUGGAAGCAGAACGAAUUGCCAGCGAAAAGAGACUGAAUGAGACUCACAAUACCGAGCGAGGACUAGCUUCGUUCGAUGACAAAGACGUGAUAAUUCCGCCUCUCAGAGGGCCCGAUGCUCCGCAAACGAUAAUGCUACAGAACGCGGGAGACCCUCAGAGUGCCAGAAGCGUUCCAAAUGAGCAGAGACGAUCUACGGCACAAGAACUCAACCUGAUAGAACUGUUUCAAUCUCUUCAAAAGAGGGAGGCAAGCGAGCAGAGAUCGGCCCCCAGAACAAUCGACGCUCAGUUCGCGGAAGAACUGAGAGACAUAAUUUCUGUGAUGGAAGGGCUGAGAGAUCGUGCAAAUGGCCUUGAGAGCCAGGGACUACCAUUCAGACCAGCCCCACCGCGGUUGGAUGGUGAUAAGAUGCAGUAUGCAUCAUUUGACGCGCCGGAGCCUUCACUAUCACCUACACUGGGUAAGCGAAUCUUUCAUCAAACGACCUCUACCUAA